AUGGCUCAAAAAGAAGCUCCUAAGAAAUGGAAGGCUCCAAAGGGUCCUAAGCCUAUUCAAAGAAAGAAUAAAAAUGUUAUUGGAUUAGGUAGAGCUAUUAGACAUGCUCGUCAACAGGAAAAUGUAGUUGAAUUUUUGCCAGAUGGUGAAAUGAGAUUUACUACUGAUAAACAUGAGGCUAACUGGGUUAAGUUGAGAUCAGUUACCCAAGAAAAUGCUUUAGACGAAUUUUUAAGUACUGCUGAAUUAGCUGAUAAGGAUUUUACUGCUGAUAGACAUUCAAAUGUUAAGAUCAUUCGUAUGGAUAAUGGUGGUGAUUCUGCCACUAGUCAAGGUUUUUCGUUGACUAACGAACAACGUGAGGAAAUCAAUGCUAAACAAAGGGAACAUGCAAAAGAAUUAAUUGUUCCAAGGAGACCUCAUUGGGAUAAGGAUACUACUAAAUUUGAAUUGGAUAGAAUGGAAAAAGAAGCAUUUUUAGAUUGGAGGAGACAGUUAGCACAGUUUCAAGAGAGUAAUGAAGACUUAUUGUUGACACCAUUUGAAAGAAAUAUCGAAGUUUGGAGACAAUUAUGGAGAGUUGUUGAAAGAUCCGACUUGAUUGUCCAAAUUGUUGAUGCAAGGGAUCCGCUUCUUUUCAGAUCCAUUGAUUUAGAAAAAUAUGUCAAGGAAAUUGAUGAAAGAAAGCAAAAUUUAUUAUUGGUUAAUAAAGCUGAUUUGUUAACUGUAAAACAAAGAAUUGCAUGGGCUAAAUAUUUCACAUCAAGAAAUAUUUCCUUCACAUUUUACUCUGCAUUGAAAGCAAAUGAAAUCUUAGAAAGGCAAAAAGAAUUAGGAGAAGAAACCUCAAUCGAUCAUGAUGAUGAUGAAUUUUACAAACAAAUUAACAGUGAAAUAGAAGGUGAGGACCUUGAUGAAGACAUUAUGGAUAAGAUCAAAAUUUUAACCAUUGAUCAGCUAGAAGGCUUAUUUUUAAGCAGAGCACCAGCAGAACCUUUAACUACCCCAUUGCCAGGUCAAGAUCCAUUAAUUCAAAUUGGUUUAGUGGGUUAUCCAAAUGUUGGUAAAUCUUCCACUAUCAACUCGUUGGUCGGUGCUAAAAAGGUCUCUGUUUCCUCUACUCCAGGUAAAACUAAACAUUUUCAAACCAUUAAAUUAUCAGAUUCUGUAAUGCUAUGUGAUUGUCCCGGUUUGGUUUUCCCAAAUUUUGCUUACAAUAAAGGUGAAUUAGUUUGUAAUGGUGUUUUACCAAUCGAUCAAUUACGUGAUUAUAUCGGACCAUGUACUUUGGUCGCAGAAAGAAUUCCUAAGUAUUAUUUGGAAGCUGUAUACGGUAUUCACAUUCAAACCAGAUCUGCUGAUGAAGGUGGUCAAGGUGAGGCUCCAACUGCCCAAGAGUUAUUAGUUGCAUACUCAAGAGCUCGUGGUUAUAUGACCCAAGGUUUUGGUUCCGCCGAUCAACCUCGUGCCAGUAGAUAUAUCUUAAAGGAUUAUGUCAAUGGUAAGUUAUUAUACGUUAACCCUCCACCACAUCUUGAAGACGAUACUCCAUACAAUAGAGAAGAAUCUACAGAGUUCAACCAAGAUUUAUAUACUUUUGAAAGAUUACCAGAAUCAAGAAGAGAACAAUUAAGAACAGCUGCCAAGGCAAAAGGAAUAGAUGAAUUAGAUUUAGCCCGUGAUCUAAGUAAAUUAACCUUCUCGCAACACACAGGUUCAGAAAAUGGCGGAGAAGCAAAGUCAGUCACUCAUGGUGGUAAACAAGCUGCACUUUAUAAUGCUGCCCAUGAUCUGGAUAGAGAAUUUUUUGAAAUGAACAAAGUCAAAGGUCAAUUAACUUCACCAUUCCAUAAAACACAAAUGGAUUCAGGUAACGGUAAGAAACACAAUAAGAAGAACAAGAAAAGCAAAAAGAAAGCCAGUAUGGCAAGUUCUUAA